AUGAGCUUGGGGACUGGCGCUUUUGAGCUGCCGGGACCGUCCGGUGCGCGCUGCAGCGGCCAGCCGCUGGCAUGGCGGUUCGCAGUGCGCCGAUACGCGGCCGGUGCUGCGUGCACGGGACGCACAUGCCGGCAGAUAAGCAAUGGCAUUUCUGAAGACCGGGAAGGCAAGGUCAGUGGCCUCAGGGUUGUGGACGGCGCUGUGGAACGCGAUCAUGGCGUGGUGGAGAAUCCUGGUGUCGGUGGGGCUUGGCGUUCGCCUCUGUGCCAAGAAGGCACACUUGCACCCAUUGUUGCAUUGGGCAAAUUUGAUAGCAUGCACAUCGGACACAGGGCCCUGGCACAGGCUGCUGCCACUCUAGGGGGAACCCCAUGGCUAAUAUCCUUUUCAGGGAUGGCCAAAAUCCUCGGGUGGCAGGAGCGCCUGCCGAUCGUUCCCUUGUGCGAAAAGGCCCGAGUGCUGGCGUCAUGGUCACCAUUCUGUGGGGGCCUCGUGCCCAGCAUGAGGUACCUGCCCUUUGAGGAGAUACGUGGCUUGAGCCCUGAAGAUUUUGUGAGGCUCCUUGCUGAGGAGCUGGGAGCCAAGGGCAUCGUUGCAGGACAAAAUUACAAGUUUGGAUAUAAGGCGUCUGGGGAUGCGAGGCUUCUGGAGGCACUGGGAACACAGUAUGGCCUGCAGGUCAAGAUUCUAGACCUUGUUACAUCGGAUGAAAAGGUCCCCCUUGGAGAAGUCUCUACUACCCAGGUACGGAAGGCUUUGGACCAGGGCGACAUGCGCCAUGUCGCCCGCCUACUUGGCCGGAGCUACAGACUGGUCUCGAGGAUUGAUGGCCGUCACUUGGCCUCCUGCCGCAGCGUGCCCUGCUCCGCCUUUCUCAAUCAACCGCCUGCAGAGGGAGAGUACACAGCAUCCAUCCAAGUGCACAGUAGUCAGCGGCCCAAUUUUGCAGCCGAGGAAAAUUUAGCAAUGGGGCCGCUGAGAAUGAGUGUCAUAUUUUCUGCUGAUUCAAUGGUGUUGGACGGGGGUAGUUUCCGACAACUGGAUGGUGCCGAGGUGGUGAGAUUGACAGCGGAUUUCUGA